AUGGCUGGCAGUCGCAGGGAGGCUGUUGGAUCAUUACUCUCACGGAUGAUAGGUCUUUUAAAAUCUGGAGCAGUGAAACAAGAAGAUCGGCCAAUUUGGUAUGAUAUAGUUAAAGCAUUGCCACCGAAGCCACUUCCUCCUCAAAAUGAAGUACCAAAAAUAGUUUACCCAGAGGACUUUGUGAGAGUACAUUUCCACAGGACAUUUGUUGAAACCUCACCCGUACGGCUGACCGAUGACAAGACUAAAUCAGUCUCCCAGAGAUUUGUGGACACAUAUCUUGACCUUCUUUCUAAGAAAGUAGUUCCCCCUGCAGAAAUCUUUGAUAAAACAGUUGAACUUUUGAAGACAGAAGGAAUCAAGUUACAGACAGUUCAAGAAAAGCAGGAACGAGAUCUUGCAAGAAGGCAGUCUAUCGCCACAAGCCCAGAGAAAUACACUCAGCCUGAAGAUGACUUCACAAGCUCUGUCAGCAGAAUGGAACCACCUCCUGAGAGAAGCAGCCCUCCCAAAUUCCGAACUCCACAUGUCAAAGUCGAUUUAGACUCUUUGUAUAGUGAUGAUAAAAAAUAA